AUGGCCUCCGGGCCCUCCAUCAUUCGCAAGUCGGGCAGCAGCAACAAAUGCAGCCUCGAACUCGUGAAUUCGCUUCGCGACAGCUUCUCCGAGGCCAAGCGCGAGCAUGCCGUCGCCGCGCAAGCAAAUGGCCACAGCGUCGCCCAUGGCAUCGCCAACGGCCACUCCAACGGAAACAACGUCGGAAACGGCAACGGCAUCCGCAGCGGCACGUCGACGCCGCCAACGCCUGCCGAGGCUUGGACCGAGACAGAUGGCAAAGUCCUGUACAUCCCGCGGAUCAACUGGCAGGCUGCCGGGCUACGAGACGAACGGAAUCAGUACGAAAUCACGGUCAAGAUUUUCCUGCUGCCCGCGACAUCCGUGGAGCAGCGGGUGCAGUACAUUGGGGAGGCGUUGGCCCUCGUCAGCAAGGAACUCGGCGUUCAGACCAUCGACCUGCUCGUCGCAUCGUUUCCUGGCAUAUCCUUUGAAGGAACGUGUGAGUGGGAGGCCGACAAGAGGAACGCCAGCCAGGGCAAUCUGGAUGAGGAGCUGGCUACGUGGAGGAUAUUUGAAGAGUUGCACAACCAAGGACUCGCCAAGCGACUUGGCGUGGCUGAAUUUGGCAGCGACAAAUUGAGCGCCUUCGUCAAGCGUGCCUCGGUCCCCCCUGCUGUUGACCAGAUCAACCUGCACGAUUGUUGCAAUGUGCCGCCGCCGCUGAAACAGCUAGCUGAAGCCCACGGCAUCGAGCUGAAUGUUCACCGCGACUGUACCGACAUCCUGCCUCCGGGGACUCUGCGGGAACUCCUCGGUUCGGGGCCUCGGGGAGCCAAUGUGCUGGCUGACGCGGACAAUGGGGGGGUCGGACUGCAGGGGGAUAUAGUCCCCCAGUGGGCUGUGCGAUACAUGGCGUUUGUACGGGAUCGCGGUGUGAUUGAAAAGAAGGGAUAUUUUGCCGGAGCAGAGCUUGUUGGGGCAUAG